CGAUACCCAGCAAGAGAUUGUCAUUGGCAGUGGACGGUUCUCCUUGGACGGAAGAGGCGGCUUGCAUGGACCUCGAUCUGAGUGGCCGCCCACAUGCAGCAGCGUCCGCCUUGGACCCACUUGUAUCUGUACUUGUGGCAGAAAUGCGGGGCAUUGCGGCUUAUCUGCUGGAUGCGUUUACCGUGGUACACUCCAACAACUGAAUACCCCCGUACACACGGGCAGGUAAACAAACGCGGUCGUUGGCCCCUUGAGCCAGCAACUAGGAAUCCACAACGUGGCCGCUGGCAAUGUGAAUUUUCAAGUUUCACAUCCCAUGGUACAAAAGCUCUCGAAUGGAUUGCGCAGGAUUACCGCAACGCGCAGUCCCGCGUCCAGCAUCGCAAACGCAAACGUGACGGCUCAGCACAACAACUCAACACUGAGGCAGAAAUCAUGACAGUCCAAUGCAAACCGAUCCCAGCCCUCUACACCGUCUAUGUCCUGCGUUCCACCGUCCGCCAUGCGUCUCUUUACAUUGGAUCGACUCCAAACCCGCCGCGCCGGCUGAAGCAACACAACGGCCUCGUGCCCGGCGGCGCAGCCCGGACCUCGCGCAGCAGUCUCCGUCCCUGGGAGAUGGUCGCCCUGGUCUCGGGCUUCCCCAGCAUGGUGGCGGCGCUGAAAUUUGAGUGGGCCCUCACCAACCCGCACCUCUCGGUGCACAUCCCGUCGGCCUCGCGCCUGACCGUCGCGACACAGACCAAGGCCAACGGGCGGCCGCAGCGCCCGCCGCGCAGCCUCGCCUCCGUCGUCGCCAACCUGCACCUGCUGCUGCGCGUGCCCAGCUUUGCGCGCUGGCCGCUGCGCGUGCAUUUCUUCCGCCGCGACGUGUUUGCCGCGUGGGAGAAGUGGUGCGCGGCCGCCAGCGAGCGGCUGAGGCCGAGCCUGGCGGUGGUGACGGAUUUCGAGGGCGGGAGUGAGGGUCUGGCCGGUGCUGUUGUUGGCGGGGAGGAGGGUCGCGAACGGGGAGAGGGCGCUCCAUGCUGGGGAAUCCAUGCCCUCCCGCUGGACUACGAGCCUAUCAAGGACUACGUGGCGAAAGGACAAGAGAUAUUCGAGUUUGAGCGGCAGGGAGCUUGUGUCGUUUGCCGCGAGGAGAUGGCAUCGGGGGACGGUCUGCAGGCGCUCUGCACCAACCAGGGGUGUGAUGGGGUCGGGCACCUGUCAUGUUGGAGCCGGCAUUUCCUCAAGGGCGCCGAGGCCGACAGUAUCCUGCCUGUUCAGGGCCAGUGCCCGAAGUGCGGCGGAGAAAUGGAAUGGGGCAACAUGAUGAAGGAGCUGACGCUGAGGACCAGGGGGCAGAAGGAGGUGGAGAAGCUGCUCAAGCGGAAGCGUCGGCGUGCCACCAAGAAGACGGCAAACGCCUGAUUAGGAGGCCAACUGCCUCCGGGAGGCGACUGCGGUGAUUUGGG